AUGUUCCUUGUGGAGCGCAGCGCGUUCCGCACGCUGGUUCGCGGCCGGGCAUUCGCAAGCCAGAGCGCGUUUAGCGACUUGGGGCCCACCUGGGCUCCCAUGGAACAGCUCCAAGCGACCUUCGAUGAGGUCCUACUGAGGCCGUGGCGUUUCCCGCCGCACGUGCAAGAGCUGCACCGCAUGGCGGUCUUGGAGCGCCAGCAGCGGCAGCGCGUGGUGGACCAGGCACCAGUGGCCGCAGAGCGCCAAGCGCUGCUGGCGCGGAAGGUGGUCUACUGCAUCAUGGGCAGAGAGAAAGCCCUCGAGUGCAAGUGUGCGUGA